AUGCCACGUGGCAGAGCCAGCCAAUCGUUUGACGGCAGCAUAGUCAUUCUUCGCCAACGGCUGCCGUUGGCCAGAGAUUUCUGUUUGUAUGUGCUGUUGAAUCAGGAGAGGCUGGUGUGGUACGCCAACACAGAUCCAGCAGCGUACAAGGACCUUAACAAGACACUGGAUACGGAAUUCAAGGAUAUCCUGGAGGUGAGCGAUAACCUUCUCAAUGCAGAUGCCAGCCCAGUCCCCAACUCUACGCCCGGCCAAAGUGCGAGUGGAGAGACCAUAACCACCGAGCGAGUCUCUGAAAACCCCUUCGAGAAAUCAUUUUGCUUCCACAUCUUUCGUCUGCAAAGGGACAUUCAACACUUCACCGUCAAUCACAUCCGCGGACAGCUCGCCGUACGACUACCCUAUAACAACGUUAUUGAUGACAAGUUAGUUUGUAUAGCUUCGAGUAUGCAGUCGGGGCAGGAAUUGGGAGGGUGUGAGUCUAUACACCUACCGCAGAACAUGGGUGUGCACCUCUCGCCACAAUUCAGCGCAGAUUUCUCACUUAUGGUCGAUAGAAUGGUGAAGAGUGAUAGGGAAGACCUACGAGUUACGAUCAGAGAUAUUCCGCUCUUAGCUACUUACUUUCCUAUGGCAUCCUUAGCAGCCUUCAAACUCUUAAGUAGUAGUGGCGCAGUGGUGUUGUUGCAGUAGUUCGUUUACUUCUGCCAAUCUUGUACUCUAAAGCGUGC